UAUGUGCUUGGGUAUAGCUUUAAUUUUUUUACAAUUAAAAAAAAAAGUUUUUUACUUAACCUUUUUUUCAUCACAUGGGGACAAAAAGUCCCCUAUGUGAUGAUUUUUGGUGACAGGUUCUCUUUAUUGAGACAUCCGGGGUCUAAAAGACCCUGGAUGUCUCCCCUGUAUUCCACUGGAUGUAAUGCAGUGCACAUCGCACUGCAUUACAUUCUUUCUCGGGCCUCGAUGGGCAGGAAAUCUGUCAACGUCACUUCCAAGGCAGGUCAAGAAGGGGAGCGGAGCAGAGUACCCAUCGUCACC